AGCGGAGCAAUGUCAUGCUUGCACACUGUCGUGAAGAGAAGCAUGAGCUUCAUGUGUUGGGAAUUGCGGUUUCUUUAUAAAUCUUUCUGGUAAUUUUGAACGAUGUGAUCACGGCUAAAAAAAUACCUCAACAACGCUGAUGGUGGCAUGUACCGCGCAUUGUUUGUUUCCUGCAGCUGCGCAUCAGACUCAGUACCCAGCGUGAGCCAGUUAACGUUUGGUUUGGCCCUAAUCUGGAUAAACCCAUCGCCUGCCUUAUGGCUAUCUCAAAGGUCUCAUAGAUCAGAAGCAGUGUGAUGACCAAAACGCCCGAUACCCCAGCACCCUGUCCGGGUAUGGGUGAUAUCCAUGGCAACGUUCGUGUGCCUGUUCCUGAACUGAUUGUGACAGAGCCUUGUGUCAGCCAGAGUGACCAGAGCCCCCACGGACCCUGCUCAGGCUCUCAUCCUGACGAGGAGUCCUUCUGCUCGGACAGUGGGCUUAGCGGCUCUCCAGCCUCGUCCCUUGCGCUGCGAAAGCUCUCCAACUCGUCCUCCACCGGUCUCUCGCCAGCUUCGUCUUUUGAGGAAUGUGAAGAGGAUUUUAUGGGAUACAGUGACAAUAAUCAGUCACUGACGCGAGACGGUGGCUUGUGUCCAGGUGAACCGGUCACGACUGAUCUGUGGAAGAAGUCAAAGAAUAUGGUAAACUGGUCUCCCCCUUUGCCAAUGAAAAAGCGCUCUCCCUGGGUGCAGGUGGUCGGCCAUGCAGGAAACUUUCAGACGGACAGUGAUGGAAGACUGCUGAAGAAGUACUGUGAGUGUGAGCAGCAGUGUUUUCUGCAGCUCAUGAGCGACUCGCUGCGGCCCUUCGUUCCCUGCUACUAUGGCGUGACUCAGCAUGACCAGCAGGAUUACAACCUCAUGGACGACCUGCUCGCUGAAUUUGACUCUCCCUGCAUUAUGGACUGCAAAAUGGGAAGCCGGACUUACCUGGAGGAGGAGUUGAGGAAGGCCCGGGAGUGUCCUCAGCCACGAAAGGACAUGUAUGAAAAAAUGAUUGCAGUGGACCCGGACGCCCCCACUGCUGAGGAGCGAGUCCAGCAGGCAGUACUCAAAACUAGAUAUAUGCAGUGGAGGGAAACUCUCAGCUCAACGGCCACCAUAGGCUUUCGCAUUGAGGGCAUCAAGAAAUCAGGUGGCACUUGUAACACCAACUUCAAGAGAACCAAGUAUAAAGAUGAGGUGAUCCAAGCUCUGGAGGACUUUGUGGACAACAAUAUGCUAAUCCUGAGGAACUACCAACAACGAUUAGAGGAACUACGGGUCGUGCUGGAAAAAUCAGAUUUCUUCAAAGCACAUGAGGUCGUGGGCAGCUCCUUAUUAUUUGUCCAUGACCAGACUGGAAAGGCUGGAAUCUGGAUGAUAGACUUUGGAAAGACUGUGCCCAUGCCAGCCCCUCUCACCUUGGACCACCGCAGCCCAUGGGUGGAGGGCAACAGAGAAGACGGGUACCUCUGGGGCCUGGACAAUUUUAUUGACAUUCUGACCAACAUGCUCCCAAAGAAAUGACAUUAUGGAUAUAAUCUUCAAAAUUAUCAUUUUCUCCACCCCAUUUUGGGAGACCAAAUCUGUCUACCCUUAUAUGUAAUCAAGAUUAAGCUAAGGUAGGAGGAAAAGUACUGAUGAAAUGGGCAGUAUGGCUUGAGCAUUUAUUAGCAUAUCUAAGCCUGUGAAUUGACCUGCUGGUGUACUAUGCAUCUCCCUAUUUUGUCAUUUUCACUCUAUUGGAACAACUGUACAUUUUGUCUUGUAUUUUACACUGUAAAUAGAUUAUUUAAUUAUAUUAACGACAUUAGAUUUUAUGUGUCAUGGUUUGAUGAGUAAAUGAUUAGUUAGCUUAAGUUUAGAAACAUUAACACUACAUAUGAAAAUAAUACAUUCUGUUGUUAUGACAGGUGUAAAAAGAUAAAUGAACAGGAUUGUUUCUGUCUUAAAGUGAAUACUAAUGAAAAUCUUGACCAUCAUAUCCUCUUUAUGAUAGUGGCCAGAUAUUUUUCAAUAACCUAAACUAAAUGAUUGCUGAAUCAAAAAAGAAGAAAGAAAGAAAGAACAAACACCUCUUAAAUAUGUUGCUGAGUACUGGAAUUUGUAUUGCUAACCUGCAAGCUCCAUAGCAAUGAAAUUAUUAUUUUUUCAAAUUCAGUUUAUAUAUGCUAAAGCACGAUGCUUAAUCCACAUCUUACAUUUGAGUUCAAUUAUUGUUAUGCUUUUCAUUCCUAGGUUUUUGCUGUUGUUUUUGUGUAUGCAAGCAUGAACUGCUCCAUUGGAAUACUGUAUGUCAUUAUUUAAACCACCAAAUAGCUCCUGUUAAUACCAAAUAGAAAGCUGCCACAAGAGUGACCUAUACAACUUCGAAUGGUGUCUGGGAUUUUUAAGCCAGUACUCCAAUGCACAAAUUCAGUUUGCACUGUUAAUUAAAUCUAACAUUGUGUACUUGUACUGUAUAAUAAUCUCAUAAGAUGUUCUUAUUUUUUACACUACUUGUGAUUCAUUAUUUUGGGAGCUUUGGCUUUUUAGCUUGAUUGGUUUUGCUGCUUUGGUAACUUGGGUCGCUGUGAUAAUUUUGUAAUGAUUGUGACUGUAAGAAUAAUAAACGCAGACAUU